AGCAAAGGUCUGGGCCUCUGGAGCCCCGCGCCGGGGCGCGACGGUCAUCCGGAAAGGCAGAGCCCAGCCAGGAUCCAUCUGACAUCAGCAAUGAUAUCCCUGGUUCCAUGUCCUCUUCUGAAACCAGCCUGAAUUUCUGGCAGUUUGUCGUACUGUGGGAGCUUGCCUGUUGCUGUGAUGCUGGAAGCUAUGCCACCGGUAUUCAGAUACCAGCAGGGUCACCCAUGGAGGACAGGUUUCAGCUGAGCUUCCAGACUAAGACUAGGAAGAAGGACUCAGCCAGCAGUCUACUUCCGAGAAGCAUUAGCCAGUGAAAACCUUACGAAUAGUAGCGGAACAAUGUCUGAUAUAGCGCUGGAAGAUGAGCCCCCCAGGUUGGAAGGCACUCAAAAGAUGACUGGGGAAGAGCUGCCUCCUCAAAGUAGAGUCAACCUUAAUGAUGUGGAUGGAGUAAAGCUUUCGGGACCUUCAUUUGCUGAUGUGGCCCGACUCAAAAUGAGAAGAAAUAGCUGCAAAAAUCCAUUAAUAAUCAGAACCUAGAAUGUAGGAAGUAUGAAUCUAGGAUAAUUGGAAAUCGUCAAAAAUGAAAUGGAAUGCAUAAACAUCAAUAUCCUGGCAUUAGUGAGCUGAACUGGACUGGUGUUGGCCAUCUUGAAUCGGACAAUCGUAUAGUCUACUAUGCUGGGAAAGAUAACUUGAGGAGGAAUGUUGUUGCAUUCAUUGUCAAAAAGAACAUUUCAAGAUCUAUCCUGAAGUACAAUGCUGUCACUGAUAAGAUAAUAUCCAUAAGGGAAGACCAGUUAAUAUGACUGUUGUUCAAAUUUAUGCACCAACCACUAAGGCCAAAGAUGAAGAAAUAGAAGAUUUUUAUCAGCUGCUGCAGUCUGAAAUUGAUCGAACAUGCAAUCAGGAUUCAUUGAUAAUUACUGGUGAUUAGAAUGCGAAAGUUGGAAACAAAGAAGGAUCAGUAGUUGGAAAAUAUGGCCUUGGUGAUAGAAACAAUGUGGGAGAUCGAAUGAUAGAAUUUUGCAAGACCAAAAAAUUCUUCAUUGCAAAUACCUUCUUUCACCAACAUAAAUGGCGAUUAUACACAUGGACCUCACCAGAUGGAACAAACAGGAAUCAAAUUGACUACAUCUGUGGAAAGAGAUGAUGGAAAAGCUCAAUAUCAACAGUCAGAACAAGGCCAGGGGCCGACUGUGGAACAGACCAUCAAUUGCUCAUUUGCAAGUUCAAGCGAAACCGAAGAAAAUCAGAGCAAGUCCACGAGAGCCAAAAUACCACCUUGAGUAUAUCCCACCUGAAUUUAGAGACCAUAUCGAGAAUAGAUUUGACGCAUUGAACACUAGUGACCGAAGACCAGAGGAGUUAUGGAAUGACAUCGAUGACAUCACACAUGAAGAAAGCAAGAGGUCAUCGAACAGACAGGAAAGAAAGAAAAGACCAGGGUGGGUGUCAGAGGAGACUCUGAAACUUGCUCACGAAUGUUGAGCAGAUAAAGCAAAAGAAAGGAUGAAGUAAAAGAACUGAACAGAAGAUUUCAAAGGGCGGCUCGAGAAGACAGAGUUAAGUAUUAUAAUGACAUGUGUGCAGAGUUGGAGAUAGAUAAUCAAAAGGGAAGAACAUGCUUGGCAUUUCUCAAGCUGAAAGAACUGAGGAAAAAAUUCAAGCCUCGAGUUAUAAUAGCGAAGGAUUCUAUGGGGAAAAUGUUAAACGUUGCAGGAAGUAUGAAAAGAAGAUGGAAUACACAGAGUCAUUAUACCAAAAAGAAUUAGUCAAUGUUCAACCAUUUCAAGAGGUAGCAUGUGAUCAGGAACCGAUGGUACUAAAGGAAGAAGUCCAAGCUGCUCUGAAGACAUUGGCGAAGAACAAGGCUCCAGGAAUUGAUGGAAUAUUAAUUGAGAUGUUUCAGCAAAUGGAUGCAGCUCUGGAGGUGCUUACUCAUCUAUGCCAAGAAAUAUGGAAGACAGCUUCUUGGCCAACUGACUGGAAGAGAUCCAUAUUUAUGUGUAUUCCCAAGAAAGGUGAUCCAACUGAAUGUGGAAAUUAUAGAACAAUAUCAUUAAUAUUACACGCAAGCAAAAUUUUUCUGAAGAUCAUUCAAAAACAGCUGCAGCAGUGUAUCGACAAUAUCUCCCAUAGGAUGUUGAUAAAGAACAGUUUCCAUCCUUGUCUUCCAUAAGCUGUCACCAUGACCUUGACAAAAGGUUCCUUCACUUACUCCAGUGGGGAGGAAUAUCGUGGCGAAUGGAAGGAGGGCCGUAGACAUGGUUUUGGUCAGCUGAUGUUUGCAGAUGGUGGCACCUACCUGGGUCAUUUUGAGAAUGGGCUGUUUAAUGGCUUCGGGGUACUGACCUUCUCAGAUGGCUCAAGGUAUGAGGGAGAGUUUGCCCAGGGCAAGUUUAAUGGUGUUGGAGUCUUCAUUCGGCAUGACAACAUGACCUUUGAGGGGGAGUUUAAAAAUGGCAGAGUAGAUGGUUUUGGCCUGCUGACUUUCCCUGAUGGUUCUCAUGGAAUACCCCGCAAUGAAGGUCUGUUUGAGAACAACAAGCUGCUGCGGCGCGAGAAGUGUUCAGCAGUAGUUCAGAGGGCUCAGAGUGCCUCCAAGUCAGCCAGGAACCUCACAGCCUGAUGGGGUGUGUGCAUCAGCUGGCAAGUAUUGGAUAAAGCAAAUGCCCCAGUUGUUCACUCGAGGUGGACAAAUGAACCAGACCUGAGAUGCUAAUGACUGUCACACAGAGAAGCCUUGUGAUAUGCCCCAUCACCUGUCAAUCAGGAAUUAGCUCACAGAAGAGUUCUAAGGAUUUCUGGCCCAUAGACCCUGCAGCAGUUGUUAUCAGUUCUGUCUUUCCCUUAAGUAGAUCCAAGGUGCUUAUAGGGUCUCUACGAGUCGGAAUCAACUCGAUGGCAAUGGGUUUGUUUCUUUUCGUUUGUUUGUUUUUAAUGUGCGUAUGUGCUAGAGGUCAGAGGAGCCUCCUUUUCUCUAAACCUUGGGUCACCCAGUGCAGGCCUGCUGCUUCCCUCUUUUUCAUUUUCUGCCAAAUUAUGCAGAAUGUCUUCAUCCUGCCUACAUUUGGGGCAGAUGACCCUAGUCCCAACUUAGGGCCAGUGCUUUGUGCUACCCUGGAGAAAUAAGGAAAAAGAUAGGGGUGACUUAGUACGGUAGUCUUGUGAAAGUCAAGAUGAGAGCUUUUCUGUAUGUUACCCCCUCAUUUACUGCUGGUUGGCAUCAUGGCUCUAGGCCGUCUACUUUGGCCAUUUGCCUCUGUUCCUUCCCCCUGUGAAGGAGCCUGUAGAGUGGUUUCCCUCUCCUUCAACUUUACGAGCUGUCUUCCUUUCCUGAGUUCCAACAGAGAAUCCCCAUCUGUGCCUUGCUCCUUCUUUAGCCAUGGGGCAGGAUCUCUUUAUGGGAUGGUCAAGAAAGUAGUCAAUAAAGAAACUGACGUAAACACUGAUCUUUUUAAUUUACGUUUAUUACUUACUCCAGGGAAAAAGGCAGACAUAUCUGGGCCCCUUCGGGCCCUAUCACGGAGUGAACCAGAUCCUUCAGGAUGGCUUGGGCUGAUACAAUUCCUUCCCAGUGGACCGGUAGGUCAGACCAAUCUCAGCCCCUUGGGGUUUAGGUAGAACUGGACCCAUCCUAGGACUGCAAUGAACUAAAAGAGCACUUGAUUCCUUUAGUUUAGUUAUCUCUUCCAUCCCAAGCCUUGGCUAUCAGGCCUGGGGAUCAGAUCUCAACUGAUAGGAUCCCCACAUGGUACAUCACAGAGGCCUCCAGUUACCCUGUGACCCAAACACACCCCCUCAGCCCCUUAUCCUCACACUGAAUGUCUCCUCAACAGCAGAUUGUGGUGGAAAUCAUAGCCGUGUGCCUCUAUUUAAUCUCUGAAUUGUACUGUAGAAACAAGUGUUUAUGAGGAAUAAACAAAUCACCUGACUGCC